AUGGUCAUAUACUGGGUUUUCCUGACUGGAUGUGCAGCCGUAAUAUUAGCGGUGUUAUUCUUCCUCUUUUACUCUAAUCGUGUGCUUGGCCGUUUAUUAUCGCGCUUGAUUCGAGCAAUUACCUGGCGCAAAUAUCGUGCCUACAUCGAAAUUGAAUCAAUACAGUUUGCCCCUCUUGCUGGUCGCAUUCUAUUCAAAAAUUUGAAGUAUUUUUCAAGAAACCAAUCAAUUACAGUUUUAAAAGGAUCUGUAACAUGGAGAUAUUGGCUAUGGAGCGUGCGCGAAGAUCGAAGUCAAGGCAACGCCAAAAAUGAUGAUGGUGGCGAUAACGACAAAAAUUUACCUUGUAGAGUUAUAUGUAAUUUGAACGGAGUGGAGUGGUUUGUAUAUAAUAGAAAACCUGCUUAUGAUGUACUGAGCAAAUUUCUCGACGAAAAUAGUAACACUGUUUCAGAUCAGCGAGACGACGUUGCAGUGAACUUGGAGGAAGACACUCCAGAUGAUUCGCAAAUAUCCUUCUUCCGAAGAUUAUUGCCCAUUCAAAUUGAUUGUGAACGAGGUGCCGUCAUUGUCGGUAAUCCUUACGUCCCAUCAGUUCUGAUUACGGAAUUCGCGCAAGCUAGCGGAAUUUAUGCUGCAUUAAAGACACGAUCGCAAUUCGAUCAUUAUAAGGCAGCUUUAUGUAUUACAUUCCGCAAUCCUCGGAUACAUCUUAGGCCAAAUGAGGACUAUAAGGAAUCUCCUUUGACCCAAGCUUCUAGAAGAACUACAGAAUCUGCGCACGAACAGCCCGAACGCUCUGGCAGAUUUUCAUCUUACUUCAAUCGAUUAAGCGCGUGUAUGCCAUUCUUUCAGAACACUUCCUCAAUGAAUACGGCAGAAUGGUAUGGUCUUCCUAGAUAUCUUAAUGAUGACUUACCAGGUGUUCCUGGAGACGGAAUAGCUGACGAAUAUGCGAAAGUGACGACAAUACUCGAAUGUGUAUCCUUAAAUCUAAAUUACUAUGUUGAUGUUGCUGGUAAGGUUCCGUCUCUUUCGCUACCUGAUGAGUCGAACGGUAUCGACAUUGGCAACGGUGACUUGGCACCCGAAUGGACAGUUGAACUUGAAGUUGAAGGUGGUGUUAUCAAUUACGGACCUUGGGCAGAUCGUCAGCGAGUACAACUUCAAAAUUUUUUCUUUCCACCACUUUAUCGUAAUUCUGAAAAGACAAAAAUGCUUUUCCCUGGGGAUGAUAGACUGCACACUGCGCUGAAGAUUUUUAUCAUAUUUAAAACCGAAACCGUAAUCCGCAUUCCUACAAGAGAAGCAUCCAAGGACUGGAAUUUUGAAGAAAGUGCACCAGAUGAACCUUCAACACAUGCUGCCAGAUCUUACGGUUGGAUGGACCUACGAGUUGGCUUAGAAUCAAGAGUCAACGUUAUUGUACCUAUGGUAACAGAUGAUAAUGGUUAUUCUGUUCAGUUGGAUAUCCGCUUGGACAAACCAGAACUGCAAACAAGCAUUAAUUUUGCGAAUUUGUUGAUUGCAGAACGCUGUACGAUAGCUUGUGAGCUGCAAAACCCGUUGGUUUGGAAUGCGUCUCGUAAAUGGGAUUUUAGGAUCGAAUUCCGCAAGGCAGACAUAUUCUUGCUUCGCGACCACAUAAUACUGUUCCAAGAUUUAGUAAAAGAUUGGACAUCUGGACCUCUUGUACAACUGCGAUAUUUUAUACCAAUUAAUUACGAUAUUCAGUUGAAUUUCAAACAAGGCUUUCAACUAUUUCUCUACGUUAAUGAGCAUAAUAUAAUUGAAAAUACAAAUCCGAUGGAUGCCGAUGACAAUACUUUUGUUAUCAAGGGCCGUGAAUUAUAUGCAAAGAUUGACUUGCCGUUCGUUCAGUACAAACCAGAAGUAACCAAAGUUCUUUUUGAUGUCACGAUUACGCACGGUAACAUUAUGAUGUCACCGCAGGCAUCUCAUUCACUAGGCGCAUUCUUAUCCGAGGAUGGUAAGAACUUUGGUCAAGUCGAUAAUUUCACUAUCAAUGGGACGUAUCAGUAUUACUCUUUUGUCGAUCCGAGUCACGUAGAAUCGGUUUCUUUGAACAUGAAGGGGAAAAAGGUUAAUUUCAAACUCUUUGGUUUUGUGAUUCGGUACUUUAUGAUAAUCCUUGAGAAUUACGCCGGAGAUUAUAUUAAUUUUGUGACGUUGGAAGAGUAUGCAAGAGAAAGAUCAUCUCCCGUAGCCACUCGACGAAUGCCAUCAAAGCCUCCCGCAGAUCUUUUUGAAGUCUAUUUGGUCUUAGUUAUUGAAGAUGGUUCUUUGUCGCUUCCGGAAAAUUUGUAUACUGCCGAGAAUUGUUCGACUAUUCAAUUUCAUGAAUUGCAGCUCGAAUUGAGAAAUCUUGAUCUCUACUUGGAUAUGGAUAUCACUGUUAGCCCUCUCACAAUAACAUUGGAUCAGGAUGAUGUUGCAAGAAAACAUUCGAGGUCGAGGCUGCACAAUAAUUAUUUGUUUUUAGACGGUCUUAAUAUUUACGCCCAUCGCUUGUAUGGACCGCAGCCGAAGACAGCUGCUUAUGUUUGUAAUUGGGAUAUUAAUCUCGGCACAAUUUCAGGGCAGUUGAGGCCACCGUUUUUGUUAAGCCUUUCCUUCUUUGCGAGGGCAUUUGCCUAUCAUCUUGUCGAUGAAGAAAGUGCUUUACCCGCAGAUUUUGCUAAUGCAGACGUCACGUUUCUGAACGUGAAAGUCAAGGCUGUUGACGUAUCUAUUCAGUGUCGUGAUAGUUGUUCGCAAAUUCUGUUGAGCGAAGGGAUUUGCGCCCAAUAUGAUAACCUAGCAAGCGAGAAGUACUUGCAAAGAGUAAUAUUAAAAAUACCAGAACUAUCCAUCAAAAGUUUGGCAAUGGUUGCAACUCCAGGAUCACCAGUCGAUGCCGAGUUUGAUGCGGAGGAUUACCCCUGGGUUGAAGUUGCAAACUUCGAGACCGCUUUUGACGUGACUUUACUCCGAACAGAAUCUGGAUGGCGUCAGCGUUUUGAUUCCCAACAAGCUUUCGUAAAGGAUCAAGAUAACGAGACGUUGCGCGUGCCGUUUCUUUAUGAGUACGAAGGUGACCUAAGAUCGACAAAAAUCAAUAAUGAUAUCGUCUACGCACCUCCGAUGCCACCUCCUAUAUCAGACGAUAGUGGUCCCCCACGUUAUAGAAAUGAUGAUUUAUCCUCUGACAUACCGGCCGCAGAAAACCGUAAAAAUGUUGGGUUUGGUACAAGAUAUGGCCUUUUCGAUGAAACGGAUGACUUGGUCGAGAAUACCGAUAACGAAGGUUUUAAAACUGAUAAUGAUAGCGUGACCGGAUCUGCCGUCAGUAUUUCAAACACGUCUUUUGUAACCGCUUCUGAUGGUGAUACAACGGAUGAAGAAUUUGACUCAAGUAAUAGUGAAUCCAGCGACGACACGUUUACUGCGGGAAGACAUGAAACAGAAUUCUACGUUGACACAAUGAAUUAUGAAAGCAAUUUUCCUCGUCGUGCACGCUUUGGUCAUCAAAUUGAAAAAGUAGUAUCUCAGUCAGAACCAAUAUCCAUUCCAUAUGGGCGUUACCUGAGACGCUACAAGCACAAAUCCAACGCGCCGCAGUUUACGAGCUCCUUCUUACGACCUUCUCGGUCAUGUUUUCAGCCUGCUCGGAAAAGGGAAAACUCCUCUAUUGGAGAGACGGACAGUCCAAGCUAUACGUCAUCGACAUUUUUUAAAAUGAAGAAUGAAGAAGCCAUCGAACCAUCUAUCGAGAACGAUAGCGAAACUUUAGUGACUAUAAUUUUCGAAGCCACUAAGUCGAUUAACGUAUUAUUGACACCAAUUUUCCUCAGAAUCAUUCAGGAGAUGUUAGAGGCUAUCAGCAACGAAAACUGGAACAUGGAAGCCAUGCUCGAUGCUAUGCAAACAGAUUAUAUUAGCAAGUUGAAUAAUGUUACUUUGUUCGAAUAUGACACAGCUAGAUUGGUCGCCAGUAUUCCCAAAAUCCACUUGCAUUUUAUACAAGACGUCCUUCUUCCCGACGAUUUAACAAAAGUUAUCGACGAAAAUUCAAGUAUAAGAACAAGAUAUGAUCUUACAGACACUAUACUCUGCACGGCUGAUUUAGUAUUAGAACGGACGCUGUUUACUGGACUUGUAAAAUUCAAAGAUGCAAAGUUUGACAAAAAUGCAGCCAAGAAUGCGGAGCCUGAUUGGCAUUUGAAUGAACUAAGAACGAAUCUGGAGUUGGAUGCAUUAAAAGUUAACGUCAGAUUUGUGACCGCCACCAAGUCCGUCGGAGUCUUUGGGAUACCGGAAGACAUGCAUGGAUUUAGCGAUGUAGCUUUUGAUGUUGAUGUGUUGGAUGACGAUCCGGUAGUAUUGCAUGUUUCUUUAAGACGACUGAAGAUAAAUUUGUCCGGUUUGAUACAACCAAACGAAUUCGUUUUUAACAUGGAAAAUCUUAUAGCGAUUUCUGUGGCUCAAUCAGCAGAAAUAUUUACGGGAGCAGUUUAUUCUUGGUUAGUUUUUAUAGAUGAUAUUGCAAAAAUAUCGAGUGAUUUUUUGAAACGAAGAAAAAGGCAAUUGCAAGUACUAGUGUCGCAGAUAGCAUCUUUUUCUAAUAAGGCUAGAAUCGAGAGUGAUCCAUCGCACUUGACGCGACCAUCUCAUUUAUUGCGGCUGAAGGUAAAGACUUUUAAAAACGAUGAUGGUUGGAAAAUAUUAGGGCGGUUACGUCAUUGCAAAAGGGAAAUGGAAAAGUCAACCGAAACAAUGAACAAAGUCAAAGACCUGCUUACUUGCAAGGAACUGCACAUGAAUGACUCGAAUGCAAUGUAUGUUACGGCAGUAAAUGCCUUUUCUACAUGGCGACAUUGGGAAAUAGGGGAUCUUUCAAAGAGUCAAUUUUUUACCAAAGUGUUUGAUCGACCACACUCCACUGAUUUACCUGCACGCACAGUUAACAUUCCGCAUUUGAUUGCCUCCUCAACUAAUAUUGGAAAGCUUUACAUUGGCUUGAUAUCUUUCUCUGUUUUGGAAGAAAACCGUGAGAAUUCGGUGAAAGUUGGACCGCUUGGGAUCGAUGCCGAAAGCAGUUAUCGUUCUGGUCUUCCGAUAGUUGAAGCUAUGCAGGAGCCGCCUCUUUCUCCUUUCAGGUUUGGCAACGUUGAUUCUGGUAAAAACAUAAUGACAGCCUUAGAAGGUUAUGUAGAUGUUGUGCUGAGAGUCCAUUUGAACCAAGUUGCUGUAGAUGUCAAUCCGGAUAUGUUGGCAUUUGCCAAACAUUGGCUCAGAGUACAGCGCGUGUUUGCAACAAGACGGGAUACGAUGUCUGCUGAAAUCCAAUUUAGCAGAACUGAUGUGGCUGCUGGAAGUUCCAAAAAUGUGGGUCAUAAGUCAACUUCAACGAUUACCAGUCUGCAAGAGAUUAAAACUGUAAAAUAUAAAGAAAAAAUAUCGAAUACUGAUAAAAAAAAAGCAACUAAAUUUAAUUUAUGGGCACGUCUUGAGGUUGUUGCUCACGCAUUGGUAUUUAUUGAAACAGUUGUACUAUCUGCAUCAGCACAACAAUUACUUGGCAGAGCACAAUUCUCUAGCAUCAAUAUUUCAGCACUGUUGCAUAGUCCCCAAGCUAUGCAACUAAUAGAGAAGCUUGAAAUUGAAAAUUCCUCAGUUGGUCAUAGUUCAGUAAAAGCUGGGUCUCGUGGGAGUGGUCGAUCAUCACAUAAACUGAAAUUUUCAGCGGCUGCCGGUAUAAGGAAAGCAAUAAUGACAAUUAAAGAACUAAACUCUUCAUCACAAAAACAAGUGACAUUAUUGUCAGUGAAGGUAUCGAAAGUGUGUGCCAAUGUCACACUCAGUAAGCUGACUUCCCCACGAAAUCGUACUAAAGGCGACAUCGAAAGGAAACUCUUGAACACAUUUGUUGGUGUAAAGAAAGUUUCUGUAGAACUGCCAGAGUCUUUGUUGAAAUUGUUUAAAUUUGUUGAACAAUGGCAGGAGGAAAAUCUUCCCCAGUAUGACUUUUUGUUCAAGAGAUUGAUGGAUGAGUGGGAAGUGCAACGCAAGAAGUCAUCUAGGGAUGUCAUGUCUAUUGAUUUGCUUGAAAAGGCCUCAGCCAAAGAGAAAUACCCGCUUGAAAUCAAGUUUCAAUUUUUGCUUGAAGGGCUUUCGUUUGUUUCUAAUUUGCUUCCUUCGCUCCAGUUGAAGUACUAUGCUUAUAAUUUCAUGGCCAUGUCACAGAAAGGAAGCACUACUAAAGGAAGUAUAAUUGCACGCUGUCUCGGACAACUAAAAAAACAAGAGAUUCAUUUCGUCACUAGGCAGUCGCAAAAGGGCAAGAAACCAAUAAUAGAGACCGCAAACAAUAGUAGAGAUGAAUAUAAGCAAGAAGCUGCAUUUUCAAUCCCGGCUAUCAGAGCAACUGGAAGCAUGAGACCGCGUGCGAAUAAGAAAGUUACUUCCUUGAGAAAAGGCAACGCGCUGGUCCAGCAGAAAUAUUCGCAGCUAGAAUCUUCAUUAACGUUGGAUUCCGUUAAGCUGGGCCUCAAUGUCAACAUAAUCGAUCAUCUUCUCACUACUCAGUCUUUGCUUAGUAGUGAGCUGAACGAUGCUUUAGAUUUAUUUAUUUUUUCAUCGAACAAAUACAAAGAAAGAAGUGCCUCUCAUAGAAGUUCGAGUUCGAGUUCCGUGCCGGAACCAACAACAGGAGAUUGUGAGAACAAAUUGAUAUAUACAGUCAGGAUUGCACUCCGCGGACUAAGAAUAGCAGCGGCGAGUCCGACGGCUGUCAUGUUUUUUGAAACCAAUGUUCUCAAUGGUCUAAUUACCAAUGAUUCUAUGAUAUCCGGAGCGAAAAAGACAGAUCAACCCGGAUGGAAGUUUUCUGCACGAGAAUUUACGUUGUCUCUCAAUCCAAAUACCGGUUUUAUGGAUCAAGCGUCCGCUGAUGAGGAUAUUCGCAAAUAUUCAAUCGCCUAUAUAUUAAUUGACCUAGCACUGCAGAAUUUUAGAGAUAAGAGAACAACAGACGUGUCUAAAAGCGUGAUGCCUGAGGAAAUCGAUGUACUCGAGUCUUAUUUUUUAAAAUUAUCAAAAGUGCAUGCUGUGAUGCAGCCACUAGCACUUGGAAGACUCAUGGAUUUAUAUGUUUACUAUAGCAGCCAAUUGGAUAGACGAAAAGAAUUGAAGGCAUCUGAUAUUAACGAUUUGGCCAACAAUACGCGUAAGAUUAUCAACUCAUUCAAUGUUGACCUACCUAAAUACAAGAAAACGAGUAAAUCAUUAUUAGAUGAGAAGAUUCUGUCUCUUGAGAUUACUCAAUUUGCAGUCGCGUUACCAUUAGAUUUACGCGAAGAAAUGAUUUUAACUGGUCAAAAUAAUGGGGAAAUAUCCUUACCAAAAACACCUGCGUUAUUAUUUUCUGCUUCCUCAAUGAAUUUCAUCACUAGACAAUGGAAAUCUGCUUGUGCUUCGAUUAAGAACUUGUCUCUUCAGUUUGUCAAUCAGUUUAAUUCAAGUGUCGAAGAUCCAUUCUCAUCUGCAAGUAAUGAGAAAAUGAAUAGGGUUAACUAUCCAGAGAUAUACUGUAAAGUUCAUGCGACGGGCACGAAAAACAACAAGUUGAUUAGUGUGGACUCCCGUGUUGAAGGUUUUAACAUACAUAUUAGUGGAGAUAUUGUCAAUUAUAUUAAUUCACUUAAUGAAAUUUAUGCGACCAGCCGAGAACGAUUUGAGACAUUUGCAGCUGAAGCGAAUAUUGGGUCACAACUUCACUUACAGUCGAAAUCUAAAUCGACCUUAACAAAUGUUGUUGAAGAAUCGUCUAUUGCCAUCAAUUUUGAAGUACAGGUAGCAUUUGCAGCCAAAAGUGGGGUUAUGAAACUUUACCCAAAGAAUUUCCUUGAGCAUCAGCAGGCGAAAAGAUCGAGCAAGGGUUCUAGUAAAAGGCAUUCUGUACGCUCAGCAAGAACUAAUAGCGUAAUGCAUCUUCAGCACAGUGUUUCCAAUUACGAUAUCUAUUCAUUAGAUGACACUUCCAAACUGGAAGAAAGCGGAAUAGAUUCUAUUACAAUACCUGGACUAAGCUUGAAUACGACGUAUAGGACUGUGCUGGGUGAAAUGGUUUCUUCUUCGGCCCAACGGGUAGCUAAGCGUGCACAUAUCGAACUUAUUGUUCACCCAAGCGAGAACAUUUUCCUCCCUUCUUUGGUACCGUUUAUUAAAGAUAUAAUCAAUGGAUUAAAAAUAGGUGUUCAACGAUCGAGUGACAAGAAAGCGACAGCAGUGGAAAAGAGUGAAUCUCCAAUAUAUGGAAUAGACUUUACUUUUUAUUUUAAGCUCUCUCGUACGAGAUUUGAGCUAAGUUGCAGGCCGACAAGUGUUUCCUGUAUCGUUAUUUGGGAAGAAGGUAAUUUCCUUGUUUCUUCCAAUAGUAGUAACAGUGGACAAAGUCUUACUCUCAUAGGGAAGAUAAGAGGAGCGUCUGGCAAAGUUCGACAUGUAUUAUCUCCAGACGAUGAUAACAGCGCGAGCGCUGAAACGAAAGAUAUUUCUUUCAACGCGACAUUGAUGAGUCGGCGAACUGAUACUAUUAGUGAUGAUUCGAUAUCUAUCAUUGCUGACAUGCCUCACAUAACUGCCGGGCUUAAUAUCAGGCUGUUGCAGGAGUUAUUAAUACUGAAAGCCAUCUGGUUGGAUCAAGCUACCAAACUAUAUGAAGAAAGUAUGCAGGGUGAUGUGUCAAGGGACGUCCCCAGAAAUUACUCUCGGGCGGCUAGUUCUGUGAAUACUGAAGCAAAAGCAAAGCCAUAUUCCGUCUAUGUUAUGCUUCGUUUGCAAGAACUUGAUUUAUCAAGCGAUUUAGGACAAGCAAUCGGACAAGUUCGGUUCAAUACCAAAAAUAUCAGAGUGAAAACAAAGCAUGUCCCUAAUGCUAUAAAAAGUGCAAUGGUCUCAACAAACCUACUUGAUAUUGUAGCCGAUGGUCGCCUCAAAGGAUUUGCCCGCAUGACUGGACUUAAUCUAUUCACUCUGCUGCAACGGCCUCCUACUUCACAAAUUGAUGUUAGAACUUCAGUUAGUAAGUUUCUGUUUAAAACCGAGCAGAUACAGUCGUCAUUAGAAUACGAAUAUCAAAAGAUUCUUGUUGCUGAGAUUGAUCCUAUGGAAUUAACGGUUAAGGACCAAUGGGGUGGCGUGAAUGAAAACCGAAUAUCGACGUUAGUCCAUACUCAAGUCGUUACUACCAAAGUGCAGGCAUUGGCGUCAAUCAGGACAAUUCCAGUGUUUAUCAAUAUGGGCGAUAAAUUAAUAGCAUUGAUUGAAGGGAAACGAUUAUCAGUAGCUAACAUGACAAAUAAGCUAGUUUCACCAUCAUCAUCAGGGACUACUGAACACGUUGAAGCAGGUUCUUAUACAAAUGACUCGGCAAGUGCGUUGCAACAAGUAUUGAAAGAUUUAAUUAUUGAUGAAAUACCAAUUACUUUGAUUGGAAAGAUAACACUUAACAUCGGACUGAUACAUAUCACAGUCUUCCCCAACCACUUCACUGAUGUUGAUUGUGUUCAGGCUAAAUCGGAUGGAUUAGUAUUGAAUUUAAAGAGAAAUGCCGGAAACUCUACUACGCUGCAUCGAGACCUAGAUAUGCAAUUGAAUAAUUUAUCACUAACGAAAGGCAUAUGCAAGAAAUUUGUUCAUAAAGGCGGGUCGACUCGAACGAUACAAGAAUGGUUUGAUCAUGCGGCUAUCCAAUCGGCAAAGAACAUAUUCUCACUCCCCCGCACUCAUUUAAUGAUGGAGACGUGGACACCAAUGGCGUCGGAUAAUAAUAUUGUGAACCAUAAAUUUGUAACAGACUUCGGCGGUAAAGUAGAUAUCGCGUUAAAUUUCGGACUUAUUCUUUAUCUCCAAGAACUUGGCGUACUUUAUAAGGAACAACUCCGAAGACUUGCGCUAGGAACUAGCGACCAGCUGAGGUCACCCACGUUUGCUGACACCAAGUCGAAGUUGCAAGUAGAAACUGGAGAUGCUACAAAUGCUGAGUCUAGUAGUAAAGCAUCGAAAUCGAGUACAGCCGAACCUGAGAAAACCAAGAAGGAAAAGAAAACUAUCCAAUAUGAACCCGUUGAGCAAGUUAAACUGGAACCACAGUUGAGAAUAAUGGGCGAUGCUACUCCUCCGUUAGAAUGGGCUGGAUUGCAGAGAGCGAAAGUACCUGGGUUUGUGCAUACAACUGUUACAUUGAAUUUAGACGAAGUUUUGUCUUUAGUGGAUAAUGUUUACCGACAGGAACUACAGGGGUUUUUGUCAAAAUAA